UUGCUUAAAAUUUUUUGUGGUCGGUUAUAUUGUUUGAUUAGUUGUAAAGCUGAAAAGACACUUCAAAUCUGGUUUUAUCUUUUCAAAAAUAAAUCUUGCUAUAAAACAAAAAUGAAACAGUUAGCUAAAAAGCUGAACGAUUAAGUAACACCAAAUCCAAACUUUUGUUCUUCCUUCUUUCCUUCUUCCCUCCUUUAAUCAUUCUUCUUCUUCUUUUCAUACUCUCUUUAAUCAUUAUUUGAUUCUUCUAACUAAAAACAAAAGUAAAGAAAAGAAAAGAUUCAUCUUGAUCUUCCUAAAAUCUAUUCUUUUAUUUGUUUUCUUGGAUUUUUUUGUUGGGUUUUAAGUUUAGAGCAAUAAGAAAUGAACCCAAAAACUGUUUUUUCUAAGGAAUAUAGUUCUAAGCAUAUCAAGAUACUAGAGGGGCUUUUAAAGUUGCCAGAGAAUAGGGAGUGUGCUGAUUGUAGAAGCAGAGCUCCAAGAUGGGCCAGCAUAAAUCUUGGGAUAUUUAUAUGCCUGCAAUGUUCAGGAAUUCACCGGGGUCUUGGCGUACAUAUAUCCAAGGUGCGGUCUGCAACUCUGGACACAUGGCUCCCAGAAAUGGUUGUCUUUAUGCAGUCCAUGGGAAAUGAGAAGGCCAACGCUCACUGGGAAGUGGAGCUGCCUCGAAAUUAUGAUAGAGGUCAAAUUGAAAACUUCAUACGUGCAAAGUAUGUCGAAAAAAGAUGGAUAACUAGGGAAUGCAAAGUGAAGUCACCCACAUUAUCUAAACAACACAUAUCUUCUCGUUCCUCAAGGCGUUAUGGCUGCAUUGCCGAAUGGACUAACAAUCAACACUUACUCAAGGAGAGAAUAGUCUGUUCUGUGGAUGAAAGAAACGAGGCUAGCUCAAGUCCUGGCAUCGCAGAAGUGCAAGAAAAUUGUAAAGGCAAUAAAAAUCAACAUUUCGGUCAGCAUCAGGAGAAGAAAGAAAACUGUCAACAAACUAUUGAUCGGAAUUCCUCAGCUUACAGGAGUGUUAACGGUGAUCGUUCCAAAGAAUCACAGCAAAUUGUCUAUAAAUUAGGUCCUAAUGGCAGCUUGCGGAAGCCAGAACAAGAGCCCUUGAAAAAAGAAUCUUCAACUGCAAUUUCCCUGCCUGCUCUCCCUAGUCACAAAGCUGACUAUGCUGAUGAACUUUUUAAGACGCUAUGUAUGACUGAUUCUGUAGACAAUGGCUCAAGUCCUGAUAUGAGCACUUGGGUUCGUUUUGAUUCUGACGAAUCAUCCAUACCCGAAACAAAGCAGAUCGUUCUUAAACAAGUUGUUGACAAAACGUUAAUGCAAGAGGCAACCCCAAAAUUGUCAGGAAGCAAAAUCAACCCUAUACCAAAAAUAGAUGUCGGAAAACCUAUGGUAUCGUUUACAAGAUAUGUUGCUGCGCAGCAUCCAGAUGUUGCAAACAAUGCUCAAAGCCUUUCAGAGAAGGUGCAAAAUAUUCAAACAGUUAAGUUUGCUGUGAACUCUGCUCCAUACCCAGUGUCUAGUUUAUAUACACCCACGAUCCCAUUUAAAGGUGUGUCGACUGCCCCGAUUAAGAGGCCGCAUACAGCAUUACCCGUAUCAGGAUAUGAAUAUGACUUCUCGUUCUUAACUCAAGGGAUGUUCGCCAAACGAUAGUAAGACAGGCGUCUAUUGCAGUUGCAGUAACCUCAACAACGUUUACUAUGUGGUCUUGAUGCGAUGAUACGAGCACAUUUUUGUACUAUAGUUUGAGUAUGUUAUAGUCCUAUUGCUUGUAAAAUGCAACUUAUACUUAAGUUCUAGCAAAUAUUUUUUGUGUAUAUAUUCAUUCAGGGAGUUCACUUUGAGCUAUGAAUUUCAAGCUCUUGGUUGUUGAGCUCUGAUCAUGUUUUUUUGGAUUGACAUCUUAAAUGUUACUUUUCAAAUAAAUAGAAUGGGCAAUCUAUCAUUAAAUAAUUA